UGGGUCGGCAGCCGGAUGCAGUGGUCCACGUCAGUGGCGAGCCCGGUGGCGUGGGAGGCUCUCCCGUCAUCCCAAAUCCUCCCGUGGGCGGUGGAAGGGGCAGCCAGUGCUCGGCCCCGACGCCGCCCGGGGAGCCUGGGAACCUGGCCAGACCCCGCUCCGCGGCAGGACCUUGUGUGCUCCCGCUUCCGGACACGCUCUCACCACGGCCCCUUCGGCCCUGCCAGAAAACCCGAGGGAUUCGGCAGCCCCAGGAGUUUUCCAGCUGCUGCUCCGGAGAUCCGCCGCUCUCGCACCCCUCCAGCCGCUCUGCGAGCUCCCAGCCCUCCCCGGGCCGCAGCGGGGCGAAUCCACUGGCCACACGCCGCGGGCGGCACGGAGACCAGGCGACAGUGGGGCACAGCUGCCCAGAAGCCUGCGCCUGAGAGUGCCCGGUGCCUCCGAGUGGGAACCAUGGAGGCACCCGGCAGGAUCCCUGCCAGCCCGACCCGCAGAGUCCAGACCAUCAUCCAGAACAGCCCCCUGGACCUGAUCGACACGGGCAAGGGGCUGAAGGUGCAGACGGAGAAGCCGCACUUGGUGAGCCUGGGCAGCGGCCGGCUCAGCACCGCCAUCACGCUCCUGCCCCUGGAGGAAGGGAGGACCACCAUCGGCACGGCCGCGAGGGACGUCGUCCUGCAGGGCCCCGGGCUGGCGCCGCAGCACUGCUACAUUGAGAACGUGCGGGGGACGCUCACCCUGCACCCCUGCGGCAACGCCUGCGCCAUCGACGGCGUGCCGCUCCGGCGGCCCACGCGCCUCACCCAGGGGUGCACCAUCUGCCUGGGCCAGGCCACAUUCCUCCGCUUCAACCACCCUGCCGAGGCCAAGUGGAUGAAGAGCAUGAUCCCGUCGGGGGGCAGGAGCCCGGCGGCUCUCUACGGGCUGCCAGCAAAGCCCGAGGCCAUGGUGAAUGGUGGCCGCCAGCCGGCUGAGCAUGGGUGUCCCAGCCACAGCUCCCUUGUCAGCUCCAUUGAGAAGGACCUGCAGGACAUCAUGGACUCGCUGGUGCUGGAGGAGCCAGCGUCCCCCGGCGGCAAGAAGCCACCUGCCUGCAGCCGGUCCCCCCUCUCCCCAGUGGUGAACGGGGGCGGGCGUUGCCUCCUGUCUCCCCCACCCAGCCCCGGGGCCACGUCGGGGGGCUCCAGCUACGAGAACACCUCCCCCGCCUUCUCCCCCCUCUCCUCCCCAGCCAGCAGCGGUGGCUACACCAGCCCCUCGCCCAGCAGCCAGGAGCAAGGUCCGGCCGUGCCCCCCCUCGUCCCACUCCGCUCCUCCAGCUACAACCAUGCUGUGCAGCCACCCCCCCAGCGCCCACCCCCACCACCCGGUGGGGGUCCUGGUGAGCCGUGGCCGGCUGAGAGGCUCGGGGAUCACCGGGCAGGCAGCCCUCGGCUGACCCCCAGGGUGGCACCGCGGCUGCGGGCAGCCCUGCAGGAACGGCCCCCCAGCCCCUUCCGGGAGCCACGGGACCCACUGCCCCCCAGCCGGCAGCCCACCAGCAGGGUGGUCCCAGAGGCCCGGCUGCAGCCCCCCGAGAGCCCGCGGGCAGCCAGGAGGAACAUGGAGAGCAUGCGGGAGCUUCCCCCGCUGAGCCCCUCCUUGUCGCGCCGGGCUGCCAGCCCCCGGGCAGCCCCUGAUGCCCCCUCCCCGCAGCCCCGGCUGGGCAGGGAGGUGCCCGGCAGCCCUCGCACCAGGCGCAAGGGCCCGGAGGAGCCAAGGGGUGCCGGGAGCCCCUCGCCCCCGCUGCUGGCAGAGACCCCCAAGCGCCGCCCCAGCUUCGGCACCUGCCUGAGCCCGGCUUACGGGCUGGGGUCCCCGGCCAUGCCCUCGCCCCGGCAGAGUCCCCGCACCCUGAGGAAGCCCUUGGGGGACCCACGGCCACCGGUGGGGCCACGGGAGCGCAAGAACAGCAUCACAGAGAUCAGCGACAACGAGGACGAGCUGCUGGAGUAUCACCGGUGGCAGCAGCAGGAGCGGGUGCGGGAGCAGGAGAUGGAGCGCCUGGAGCGGCAGCGCCUGGAGACCAUCCUGAACCUCUGCGCCGAGUACACCAAGACGGAUGGCACCGAGCCGGGCGACGUGCACCGGCUCCUGGCUGGCGACACCGAUACUGGCCAGCGGGUGCCCAGGGGUGCCGUGGCUCUGGGCCGUGCCGCCAAGGAGCUGCGGCAGAGGGAGAGCCUGGAGAGGUCGGACGAGGAGAACCUGAAGGAGGAAUGCAGCAGCACUGAGAGCACCCACCACGAGCACGAGGAGCUGGCAGGCCCCCGGGCCAAGGAGGCACAGCGGCUGGAGGAGGAGCGCGCCGGUGUGCUCGGCCGCCUGGACCAGCUGAAGAGCCGUGUCAAGGAGCUGGAGCAGCAGCUGCAGGAGACAUCGCGAGAGGCGGAGAUGGAGCGGGCGCUGCUGCAGGGCGAGCGGGAGUCAGAGGCGGCGCGGCUGCGGCAGGAGCAGGAGGCGGUGCAGCAGCUGCAGGAGAAGCUCUCCAGCCUGGACGCCAGCAUCCGGAAGGAGCGGGACAAGGAAAGGGCAAAGGUUGAUGCUGAAAGGAAGGAGCUAGAGCAACUCCGGGCGCUUUACCAUGAGUCGAAGAGCCACCUUGAUAAGUGCCCCGAGUCAAUGCGGGAGCAGUUGCGGGAGCAGAUGCGAAGGGAGGCGGAGGUGCUGGAGACGGAGGCCAAGCUGUUUGAGGACCUGGAGUUCCAGCAGCUGGAACGGGAGAGCCACCUCGAGGAGGAGCGCGAGGCACGGGGCCAGCAGCUCCUGCAGGGACGGGCCGAGUGCCACCGCAGCAUCGCUCGCAGGAAGGAGCGGGUGGCCGCUCUGGAUGCCCAGGCUGCCCAGAUCCGGCUGCAGAGUGCCCAGGAGGCCGAGCGCCUGGCCAGGGAGAGGAACAGCGUCCUGCAGCUCCUGCAGAAGGAGAAGGAGAAGCUCGUGUCUCUGGAGAGGCGAUACCAGCUUGUCACAGGCGGCAGGAGCUUCCCCAAAAUGUCCUCAGCUCUCAGAGAGGAGACCCUCCAUAUCUCAGAGCCUUAUGAGCUGUUGGAGGGAACUAAGCCCCUGAGCCCCCUGCCAGCAGCAGCUGCCUCCUUAGCUUCUCCUGCCGCCCGCUCCUACCCCAAGGCACAAGAGGAGUACAUGAGGCUGUCUGACGUUUUCAGGUUCUGCAGCAAUGCGCACGGCCCCAGCCCGGACACUAAAGCUUCUGCUGCUGCCCCUGCUGCCGCUCAGCGCUCUUUCUUGCUUGCUGUACCUCCCGCAGCCGAUGAGUAUGUGACCGUUGAGCAGCUCUCGGGCAUCCUGGGGGGCCUCUCCGCCCCUGCCACUUCCCUGCUGGGCUGCGCCCCGCCAGCUCCUUCAUCCUCAGGCUGCGCUGCUCCUCUUCCUCCUCCUCAUCCUCCUCCGUCUCUCUCUUCUCCUUCCGUCUCUGCAGAGGUUCGUGCCCUAUUUCUCUCCCUCCGCCCCCAUGCUCUCCUCGGGAGGUGGUGGGGAUGCAUGGGAAGGGGCGAGCUGCGGACGAGGCCGAGCGGCAGCCUGGGCUCUCACCAGCCCGCGCACCCCUCGCUGCCCUGCCCGCUGCUUCCCUGCCUGCCUGAGCCCUGCCCAGCCCGCAGUGCAGGGCAGGGGGUCUCUGCGCCCUCCCGGCGCUUGCGUUGGCUCUUGCCAGCCCCAGGAGCAGGAAGGGGGUCCUGGAGCUGCUGGGAUUCAGCCGGGGAGUGCACAGGGUCCCCGGGGGUCUGUAGGUCCUGUUCUGGGUGGUGGUGGUGCAGGCACAGGCAGGGAUGCUUCGGUCUCUCUAUCUCUGUGCAUCUGUGCCUCUCGCUGCAUUUUGCCCUCCCUCCUUUCUCACGCGGCAUCUCUCUCCAGAUGGAGCGGCAGCUGCCGGGAGGCCCUGUGUGGCUCCCGGCUCUUGAUUUAGAGAAGUGGUACCAGGAGGUCAUGGCUGGCUUUGAGACCUCCUCCUCCUCUGUCUCUCCUCCUUCUUCCCCUCCUCCACUUCCAGCUAAAGCUCACUCCUCUCACAAGCCUCUCCAGGUCUAUCGUGCCAAAACGGAGGGUGACGCUGGUGCCCUCACCUCUCGGAUGAAGAGCGGGACCCCCUCGUCCUCACAGCUCAACCUCUCCGUGCUGGGGCGCAGCCCCUCGCCCAAGCUGACAGUCUGCUGUCCUGCCCAGGGCCCCCCGAGCCCGGCGGGCAGCCUGCCCCGCAACCUGGCGGCCACGCUGCAGGACAUCGAGACCAAGCGCCAGCUGGCCCUGCAGCAGAAGGCCGAGCCGCUCCCAGCAGAGCCUUUGCAGCCGGGCGAUCUACCAGGUCAGCAGGUGAUCGAGGAGCAGAAGCGACGGCUGGCAGAGCUGAAGCAGAAAGCGGCUGCUGAGGCUCAGUCCCAGUGGGAAGCCCUGCAUGGGCAGCCCCCCUUCCCUGCCGCCUUCCCCCCGCUCCUGCAUCACUCCAUCCUCCACCACCACCGUCCCCACGGCAUCGGGCCCCGGGCUGAGGACCUGGACCAUGCAUACGACACCCUCAGCCUGGAGAGCUCGGACAGCAUGGAGACCAGCAUCUCCACCGGCAACAACUCCGCCUGUUCGCCUGACAACAUCUCCAGUGCCAGCGGGAUGGAUGCGGGGAAGAUUGAGGAGAUGGAGAAGAUGCUGAAGGAGGCGCACGCGGAGAAGUCGCGGCUGAUGGAGUCCCGGGAGCGGGAGAUGGAGCUGCGGCGGCAGGCGCUGGAGGACGAGCGCCGGCGCCGGGAGCAGCUGGAACGCCGGCUGCAGGAUGAGACCGCGCGGCGGCAGAAGCUGGUGGAGAAGGAGGUCAAGCUGCGGGAGAAGCAAUUCUCGCAGGCUCGUCCCCUGACCCGGUACCUCCCCAUCCGCAAGGAGGAUUUUGACCUGCGGCUGCACAUUGAGUCCUCGGGCCACAGCGUGGACACUUGCUACCACGUCAUCCUGACGGAGAAGAUGUGCAAGGGCUACCUCGUCAAGAUGGGUGGCAAGAUCAAGUCUUGGAAGAAGCGCUGGUUCGUCUUUGACCGCAUGAAGCGCACCCUCUCCUACUACGUGGAUAAACACGAGACGAAGCUGAAGGGCGUCAUCUACUUCCAAGCCAUCGAAGAGGUUUACUACGACCACCUGCGCAGCGCGGCGAAGAGCCCCAACCCCGCGCUCACCUUCUGCGUCAAGACCCACGACCGCCUCUACUACAUGGUGGCGCCCUCGGCCGAGGCCAUGCGCAUCUGGAUGGACGUCAUCGUCACCGGGGCUGAGGGGUACACCCAGUUCAUGAACUGAGGGGGGGGCGCUGCGCACCCAGGAGGCGCCAGCCUGAUGGACUCCGCCGGCGAGGCUCUCCGGGGGGCCGCGGCCCCGUGCCACCCGUGCCAAGGGAUCGCAGCGCCUGCUCGCCCGCCGCAAUCGCUCCUCUUUAUUUUUUUCUUUUUUUUUUUUUUUACGUUGACUUUUUAAAAACAAAAUUUAUUGGAAACGUAUCGACGUGCUGAAACGUAAAAAGCUGCCCCAGA